CUUUGGAUAGGCAGUUCACAGAGAAAGAGGACAGAAAGAUAAUCCAAGAUGGGAAAAAAACGAAAAUUUAGUUCGUUGGAAGUAACACUCAUCGUGAUGUUCAUCAUCGUGACAAUAAUUGCUGUUGUGAUGGUUGUGCUUUUCGCCACCGGAGAACCUGGUCUCAAAGAUAUAGAACCAACCCCUCCAUUUGAACCCCAAUGUCCUGCCACAGAUUUUAAUCACAGGAUAGACUGUCUUCCAGACCAAACUGCUUCAGAGGUUGUCUGUAAGCAACGUGGCUGUUGUUGGAGUCCAUUCAAUGAAACAUAUGCACCCUGGUGUUUUUUUUCAAGCAGUCACGGGUACAAUGUCGAAGGUGGAAAGCGUGUGACACAAACAGGAUUUGAAGCUAUACUGAACAGGCUACCUACUCCUUCAGUAUUUGGAAAUGAAAUAGAAGAAUUACACCUGACUGCACAAAUGCAAUCAAAAAAUCGUUUUAGAUUCAAGAUAACAGACCACAGCAAGACAAGGUUUGAGGUUCCUCAUGAGCAUGUUAAAGAAUUUAAUGGCCCAGCAGAAUUAAACCCAAAUUAUGACGUCAAACUGUUAGAGAAGCCUUUUGGUAUCCAAGUGAUCAGAAAAUCCAACUCUAAAGUUCUAUUUGACUCAACUAUUGGACCACUGCUAUAUGCUGACCAAUUUCUCCAGCUGUCAAUAAAAUUGCCAAGCUCCAAUAUUUAUGGCUUAGGUGAACAUGUUCACAGACAAUAUAAGCAUGAUAUCAACUGGAGAAAGUGGCCUAUAUUUUCGAGAGAUUGGUUCCCCAACGGAGAUGGAAAUAACUUGUAUGGUGCCCAGACAUUUUUUAUGUGUUUGGAGGAUACCGAUGGAUCAGCUUUUGGUGUCUUCUUAAUGAACAGCAAUGCAAUGGAAGUGUUAAUUCAGCCUGCUCCAGCAGUAACCUAUAGAACUAUAGGAGGAAUCCUCGACUUCUAUGUGUUUGUAGGCAGCAACCCAGAGGAAGUAGUUAUGGAGUAUUUGGAACUUGUUGGAAGGCCAUAUCUACCAGCAUACUGGACACUUGGAUUCCAUCUGAGCCGUUGGGGUUACAAAUCUUUGGAUGAAGUGAAGGAAGUGGUACAGAGAAACAGAGACAUUGAUAUUCCCUACGAUGUGCAAUUUACUGACAUUGAUUACAUGGAAAAUCGGAAGGAUUUCACAUAUGAUCAAGUGAAAUUUAAAGAUCUUCCUGAUUUUGCUACAGAUUUGCAUAACAACGGUCAGCGAUAUAUUAUUAUCUUGGACCCUGCUAUAGCUAACACCCCUCUUGUUAAUGGUCCUUAUGUUGCAUAUGAAAGAGGACAACAACUCGGUGUAUGGGUUAAUGAAUCAGAUGGGAAAACACCACUUAUUGGCGAGGUUUGGCCUGGUGUGACUGUAUUUCCUGACUACACUAAUGAUGUCUGCACACAGUGGUGGGUUAGAGAAUGCAAAGAAUUUCAUGACCAAGUGAAAUAUGAUGGCAUCUGGAUUGACAUGAAUGAGGUGUCUAAUUUUGUCAAAGGAUCAAGUAAAGGCUGUGCCGUUAAUAAUUUAAACUACCCUCCCUACACACCCGCCAUUAUGGACAGAGUUAUGUAUUCAAAGACAUUGUGCAUGGAUGCAAAACAAGCUUGGGGCUCCCAUUACGAUGUUCACAGUUUGUAUGGAUACGCAAUGACCCUGUCUACUGAAGAAGCCAUCAAAGAAGUUUUCCCUGGAAAAAGAAGCAUCAUUUUUUCUCGGUCUACUUUUGCUGGAUCAGGCAAAUACUCAGGACAUUGGCUCGGAGAUAAUGCUGCCAACUGGAAUGAUAUUAAAUGGGCUAUACCAGGAAUGCUCGAAUUCAGUCUUUUUGGAGUACCUUAUAUUGGUGCAGAUAUAUGUGGCUUCUUUGAUGAUUCCCCGGAAGAACUCUGCAGAAGAUGGAUGCAAGUUGGAGCAUUUUAUCCAUUUUCCAGAAAUCAUAAUGCAGAAAACUAUAUGGCUCAAGAUCCUGCAUCCUAUGGAGCAGACUCCCUUUUAGUACAGACAUCAAGGCACUACCUAAACAUCCGCUACACUCUGUUGCCUUAUCUUUACACCCUCUUCUACAAUGCUCACACCAAGGGGGAAACUGUAGUAAGACCAAUACUUCAUGAGUUCUACUCUGAUCCAGAAACAUGGGCAAUAGAUCAACAGUUUUUGUGGGGUCCAGCUCUCCUCAUUACACCUAUCCUUAAUCCAAAUUCUGUCAACGCAGCUGCAUACAUACCUGAUGCACUGUGGUAUGAUUAUGAAACAGGUGCAAGGGCUCCAUGGAGAAAACAAAGUGUGUCCAUGUAUCUCCCAGCCGACAAACUCGGACUUCAUGUUAGGGGUGGCUACAUAUUACCCACUCAGAAGCCGGCUCGUACAACAUUCCACAGCCGAAAAAAUCCACUCGGCCUUAUCAUAGCUCUGGACGAUAAUGAAACUGCCAAAGGAGAACUUUUUUGGGAUGAUGGAGAAACUAGAGAAACCAUAGGAUCGAACAGCUAUAUUUUAUACACUUUUUCUGUGUCAUCUAAUGUUUUACACAUGACAGCAGUGGACGCAGGAUACACUGACCCAAAUAAUUUAAUGUUUGAAGAAAUAAGCAUUUUUGGAGUCCCUCGUAGCAGCAGUAUAAUCACAGUAAAGAAAAAUGGUGUUGUACAACCCUCAAAUGCUUCCAUCAACUAUGAUUCAAACAAGGUUCUGAGGAUAACAGGUCUUCAGCUGUCAUUAGGAGAGUCAUACACUGUUGAAUGGAAUCAAAUUUUAACGGAAUUAGAUAAGUUUGAUUGCUACCCAGAACCUGGUGCUAGUGAAGGUGAAUGUAGAAACCGUGGCUGCAUAUGGGAGGAAACCACUACUCCCGGCGUACCAUACUGCUACUAUCCCAGCGAUUAUGGAUACCUAGUCAGCAAUUUCCAGACAUCAGAUACGGGUAUGAUAGUAGAUAUAAACAAUAACCAACAGGUCUUACCACGAUAUGGAACCCGCUCAACUCCCAUCGAUCAGUUGCGUGUCGAGAUAAAGUAUCAUGAGAACCACAUGCUCCAGUUUAAGAUCUAUGAUCCCAACAAUAAAAGAUAUGAAGUUCCAGUCCCAUUAAACUUACCUAGCAGUCCAACAAGCAAUGAUGAACAGAGACUUUAUGAGGUUGUUGUCAAGGAUUAUCCAUUUGGACUUCAGAUCAAACGGAAAAGCACGGGAACUAUUAUCUGGGACUCUCAAGUGCCUGGAUUUACAUUUACGGAUAUGUUUAUUCAGAUUUCAUCAUUCCUGCCUUCAGAGUACAUAUUUGGGCUUGGAGAAACUGAGCAUCAAACAUUCCGUCACAACGUAAACCGUAUAAACAUCGGACUGUUUUCUAAGGACCAGCCCCCAACAGAACAUAAGAACUCCUAUGGUGUGCAUCCAUUCUAUAUGGGUUUAGAAAAUGAUGGCAAUGCUCAUGCAGUUUUACUGCUAAACAGCAAUGCAAUGGAUAUCUCACUGCUGCCAAACCCUGCAAUAACAUAUCGUACUAUUGGAGGAGUUUUGGACUUUUACAUGUUUUUGGGUCCCACACCUGAAGUUGUUGUUCAACAGUACACUGCAGUGGUCGGAAGGCCAGUUAUGCCAGCUUACUGGGCACUCGGAUUUCAGCUAUGCCGCUAUGGAUACAAGAAUGAUCAGGAGAUAUCUGAUUUAUAUGACGAGAUGGUUAAAGCUCAGAUCCCAUAUGACGUACAAUAUGCUGACAUUGACCACAUGGAAAGACAAAUGGAUUUCACUCUAAGUCCCAACUUUACUGGACUACCGGCUCUAGUUGACAAAAUAAGAUCAGAAGGAAUGAGAUUCAUAAUUUUGCUGGAUCCAGCCAUUGCAGGAAAUGAAACCAAACCCUAUCCAGCCUUUACAAGGGGUGUUGAAGAUGAUGUAUUUAUCAAAUGGGAAGACCAGAGCGGAAUCGUUUGGGGAAAGGUAUGGCCAGAUUUACCUAAUGUAACUGUUGAUGAAUCAUUGGAUUGGGAUACACAAGUAGAGAUAUAUAGAGCUCAUGCUGCAUUUCCGGAUUUUUUCCUGGAACGGACAGCCAAGUGGUGGCAUAGGGAAAUUCAGGAAUUCCGUGAAAAACAUAUUCGUUUUGAUGGUCUUUGGAUAGACAUGAAUGAACCAGCCAGCUUUGUACAUGGAUCAGUAUAUGGCUGCAAAAAUGAAACACUGAACAACCCACCAUAUAUGCCAAAUUUGGAAUCAAGAGAUAUGGGAUUGAAACAUAAAACUCUAUGCAUGGACAGCCAUCAGUACUUGCCAGAUGGAACUCCUGUAAGGCAUUAUGAUGUCCACAGUCUAUACGGAUGGUCACAUUCCAAACCAACAUAUGAUGCCUUACAUGCUGUAACUGGAGAGCGUGGUAUUGUUGUCAGUCGUUCUACAUAUCCAACAUCUGGACAGUGGGUGGGACAUUGGCUUGGUGAUAACACUGCUGCCUGGAACCAAAUUGACAAAUCUAUCAUAGGCAUGAUGGAUUUCAGUCUUUUUGGAAUAUCAUAUACUGGAGCAGACAUUUGUGGAUUUUUCAAAGACACAACAUAUGAACUGUGUGCAAGGUGGAUGGAAUUAGGAGCAUUUUACCCAUAUUCAAGAAAUCACAAUGGCAAAGGACACAUGAAACAAGAUCCUGUAAGCUUUGAUGACGCAUUUAAAAAGCUGUCAAGGGAUGUCCUGAAUAUUAGAUAUUCUCUCUUACCAUACCUGUACACCUUAUUGUUUGAAGCACACACCAAAGGUUCCACUGUUAUUCGACCUUUAUUACAUGAAUUCAUUGAGGAUAAGGAAACAUGGGAUAUUUACAAGCAGUUUCUGUGGGGAUCAGCAUUCAUGAUAACCCCUGUGCUUGAAGAGAAUGCAAGAACUGUACAGACAUAUUUUCCAAAUACCGUUUGGUAUGAUUUUCACACGGGUGUUAAAGUUAACGAGACAGGAAAAUGGGUUGAGCUGCCUGCACCUCUUGAACAUAUAAACCUUCAUGUUCGUGGUGGCUAUAUUUUACCAAUGCAAGAACCUGGCAUAAAUACACAUCACAGCCGCAAGAAUCCAAUUAAGCUCCUUGUAGCUUUGGAUGAAAAUCAAUCAGCCCAUGGCCAUUUUUUCUGGGAUGAUGGUGUAAGCAUUGAUGGAAUCGAAACCGGUGUUUACAUUACUUAUGAAUUUUCUGCUGGCCCAAAUUCUUUGAACUUAGAAGUAACCCAUGCUAAAUAUAUUGACCCAAACAAUGUGAAAUUUGAAGAAAUUCAGAUUCAUGGGCUGUCAAAGCCUAUCAGUGACCUUGUGAUUAAAAAAGAUGGUUUAGUGCAGUCUUCAAAUCCUCAAAUUUCAUAUGAUGUGGACAAGCAGAUUGCAAGUAUAAAGGGUAUUCAGUUAUUGCUGGGUGGAACAUACACUUUGGAAUGGAAUCAAUAUCUGGAAAGAUUUAACUGUUACCCUGAAGAAAACGCAAGUAGAGAAGGAUGUGAACAACGUGGAUGCACCUGGAAUGUCCCUGCUAAACCUGGUGUGCCAUCAUGUUUCUAUCCCAGGAGCUAUGGGUACACUGUAAGCAACAUAAGAAACACUGCCACCGGUAUAACGGCAGAUUUAGAAAAUGCCCAAUCCUUUUCACGCUAUGGUGAUACCUCUCCUCCUAUACAAAAACUUCAUCUUAAUGUUAUCUACCAUGAAAAUAACAUGCUCCAGUUUAAGAUUGUUGAUCCUAACAACAAAAGAUAUGAAGUUCCUGUACCAAUAAGAACUCCAAACAGUCCAACAAGUACAGAACAGCAAAGGAUGUACGAUGUUGAAGUUGUAAAUAAUCCAUUUGGCAUUCAAAUUAAAAGGCGAAGCACUGGGACCAUUAUCUGGAAUUCUCAGGUUCCUGGGUUUACUUUCUCUGACAUGUUUAUUCAGAUAUCAACCAUUUUACCUUCUCAUUAUAUCUAUGGUCUUGGAGAAACUGAACAUAAAACAUUCCGACAUGACUUAAACUGGCUAACCUGGGGAAUGUUUUCCAAAGAUCAGCCUCCUGGAUAUAGACUGAAUUCAUACGGUGUGCAUCCUUUUUACUUGGGCCUGGAAAACGAUGGAAAUGCUUAUGGCGUUUUUCUUCUUAACAGCAAUGCAAUGGAUGUGACACUACAGCCAACACCAGCUUUAACUUAUCGCACAAUUGGAGGAAUUCUAGACUUUUAUGUAGUAAUGGGUCCCACUCCAGAGAUGGUUGUUCAACAGUACACACAACUUGUCGGUCGCCCUGUCAUGCCAGCCUACUGGGCACUUGGAUUCCAGUUAUGCCGCUAUGGAUAUGCGAAUGAUAAAGAAAUCGAAGCGCUAUAUAAUGACAUGGUAGCAGCUAACAUUCCAUAUGAUGUACAGUACGCUGACAUUGACUAUAUGGAAAGGCAGAUGGAUUUCACUUUGAGCCAAGAGUUUUCAGGUCUUCCUAAUUUAGUUGACAAGAUCAGACAAGACGGAAUGAAAUUCAUCAUCAUGCUGGAUCCAGCCAUUGCAGGAAAUGAAACCCAGACUUACCAUGCCUUUGACAGAGGAGUUCAAAAAGAUGUGUUUAUUAAAUGGCCAGAUAGAAGUGACAUUGUAUGGGGCAAGGUAUGGCCAGAUUUACCUAAUGUAACUGUAGACAAUUCACUUGAUUGGGAUACACAAGUUGCACGUUUCAGAGCUCAUGCAGCAUUUCCAGAUUUCUUCAAGAAUGUCACAGCUGAAUGGUGGUUUACUGAAGUAAAAGAAUUUAGGGAGAAUUAUAUCAGAUUUGAUGGCCUUUGGAUUGAUAUGAAUGAACCUGCAAGUUUUGUGCAUGGAUCAGUCUCUGGUUGCAGAAAUGAUCUUUUGAACAAUCCUCCCUAUAUGCCAGAACUAGAAUCAAGGCAUCGGGGCUUGUCCCAUAAAACCAUAUGUAUGGACAGUGAACAGUUUCUACCAGAUGGAACUCCCGUAAGACACUAUGAUGUCCACAGUCUUUACGGAUGGUCUCAUGCCAAACCAACAUAUGAUGUCUUACGAAAUAUAACCGGGAGAAGAGGUAUUGUUGUCAGUCGCUCAACGUACCCAACUGUUGGACAGUGGGUGGGACAUUGGCUUGGUGAUAAUUCUGCUCAAUGGGACCAAGUAGAUAAAUCUAUAAUUGGUAUGAUGGAGUUUAGCCUCUUUGGAAUAUCAUAUACUGGAGCAGACAUUUGUGGAUUCUUUGGAAAUACAACAUACGAGUUAUGUGCCCGCUGGAUGCAGCUUGGAGCAUUUUACCCAUAUGCUAGAAAUCACAAUGGAAUAGACUUCAUGAGACAAGAUCCUGUUAGCUUUGAUGACAAGUUUAAAGAGCUUUCCAGAAAUGCCCUUAUUAUCAGAUACAAGCUUUUGCCAUAUCUGUAUACCCUUAUGUUUGAAGCCCACACCGAGGGUAGGACUGUUAUUCGACCAUUAUUCCAUGAAUUUACAUCAGACAAACAAACAUGGGAUGUAUUUAAACAAUUCUUAUGGGGACCAGCAUUUAUGAUCACCCCAGUGGUUGAUGAAAAUAAAGUCACGGUUGAUGCAUAUGUACCAAACACCCGCUGGUAUGAUUAUCACACGGGAAUACAAGUGAAUGAACGAGGUAAAUGGGUAACAUUGGCAGCCCCAUUAGAACACAUUAACCUUCAUGUAAGAGGAGGCUACAUCAUACCAUGGCAGGAACACGCUAACAAUACUUUCUACAGUCGUCAGAAAUUUAUGGGACUUGUGGUUGCCUUAGAUGACAAUGGACAAGCAGGAGGAAAUCUAUUUUGGGAUGAUGGGGAAAGUAUAGAUUCCAUAGAAAAGAAAAAUUAUUUGCAAGCAAGUUUCACUGCUGAUAAGGGAACCGUAUCAAGCCUGCCAGUUCACAACAAUUACAUAUCUGCAGCAAAUCCUUUACUACUUGGACACGUUUAUAUUUGGGGAAUCGGAAAAGAAGCUGUUAGUAGUGUAAAUCUGAUGUAUGAUAAUUCUCCACCAGAGGCUAUUACACAUUAUACUGUACAAAAUGAGGUUUUGGAAAUCCAUCUUGUUAAUAAACAUUACAGUUUGGAAAAAAGUGUAAUAGUAACAUGGCAAUGACACAACUUUCUUCAAUGAUUUUGGAGUAAAUCUAAUGUUUCACAUGUUUUUGUAUGUAAACCAUUACAAUAGCACUAUAUAUUCAAUGAAAUACUGUAAUAAUGUUGUUAAAUGUUAAUAAACAGACAUAACACACUAUGCUCAAUUUGUUUUGUGCUUAUAAAGUAAAUUUGUUCACUAA